AUGUCUCCAACAAAAUGCUGUCCAGAUGCCCUUUGCUGGAGUGUUUGGAGCAGUUUACGGUUCGUGGAUAGUUUCGGCGAAUGCAUUCGAAACAUACUAGGUGAUUUUGAUUCCGUUCAACAUCUUCUGCUUCACAGCAUGAUGGAUGGUCGACUAGAUGUCCUCGAGUAUAUGCAGCUACUUAUNAUGCCCUUUGCUGGAGUGUUUGGAGCAGUUUACGGUUUCCUGAAUGCCAACACUGAUCCGUACUCGAGGAGUCCCGCGAACUACGGACUUAUGGAUCAGAUCGCCGCUCUGCACUGGAUCCAGGAGAACAUCGCUGUUUUUGGCGGAGAUCCAACCAACGUCACGCUGCUGGGCCACGGGACGGGAGCAGCUUGCGUGAACUUCCUGGUGACUUCCAGCGCUGUUCCUGAAGGUGUACUGUUCCACAGGGCAAUCCUAAUGUCCGGCUCCGGCUUAUCCCCGUGGGCCCUCAUUCAAGAGCCGUCCCGAUACGCCGCGCAGGUGGCGAUCCAUGCUAAUUGUUCCCCUGAACUUCCACAUCCACAUUUACUCAAGUGCCUUCGUGAAAAACCCCUUGAACUUCUCCUGUCUACACCAGUUAUUGCGCCGGAUUUCGCUUUCGCCUUCGGUCCCAGCGUCGACGGGGUCGUCAUAGACACCGGGGAGCCCCCAGGCGACAAUCCCCACUAUAACGAAUUCGACAGCGGCGGCAGCAAACCCGUGAAAGUGGAGCCGCAGAACGCCAUCACCAUUUUAAAUAACGUUUUGCUUAGGAAGUCGGUCGUUUCCAAGUUAUCCAGAUACGAUUUGCUUCUGGGUGUAGUAAAGGCAGAAGCUUAUUUCGCAUUUAACGGCGAAGACGUUCAAUACGGCAUCGAGGCAGACAGGCGCUCCAAAAUCCUCAGGACAUUCGUAAGGAACACGUACAGUUACCACCUCUCCGAGAUCCUGGCGACAAUAGUUAAUGAAUACACAGACUGGGAGAGACCCGUUCAGCAUCCAAUCAAUAUAAGAGACGAAACUCUCGAGGCAUUGUCGGAUGCACAAUACGUGGCCCCGGUGGUGCACACUGCGGAUUUGCAUUCUGCUGAACACAGGAAUUCUUAUCUCUACGUCUUUGAUUACCAGACUAAGUUCGGGGAUUAUCCGCAGGUCAUAUAA